GUCCUUUAAUGUAUUGCAACGUCUAAGAUGCACAGUUACUUGGCAAUCACAUAAUUCGAGUCGACGUCAGCAUCGUACUUAAUCACGAAUCUUCUUUGAACGCCAUAUCCAACAUGUCAUUGGACGAAAAACUCAGCAAGCCUGGGAACUCCGUUUUCCAAAAAACUGUGAUUAUGCCGACAUAUUUGGUUGCGUUUACAUACCUUUGGCUUAAAGAAGGUUUUGCCACAAUGUUCGCCUGGCAGGCUACAGAUGAGACUUAUCCUGAAUGGGACGCAUAUCAAAUGUUCCUUACUGACGACUAUCAACGUGCACUCAAUUCUGAUGGCACUGGUCGAAUGAAUCCAAUGACUCAUUAUGUGCAAACUCCGGCGGAAAUCUCACGCCGUUACGAUUCCAUUUCAUAUUCGAAAGCUGGUUCCGUAUUGUACAUGUGGCAGAGCGCUUUGACUGACAAGGUCUUCCGCCAAGGCUUGAAUAUAUAUUUAACUGAAAAGUAAGUAAGAAGUGUAAAAUAGUUUAAAACAGCUUUCUUCCGAACACAAAAUCUUUGCAUGUAGCAAAUCGAACACACAACUAGUAUAAAUACAUAGACUGGUAUACUCGAUAGGAGUAGGUUAUAAGACACUACCUCGCAAAGAAUUUAACUGGUUGACCGUGUUUGUAGCUUUCACAUCUAAAACUUUUGUGAAUACAAGUAAACCCAAAAGUUAUUGAAGGGAAUAACCUUCAAUUGAACAAGUAAGGAAAGGUUAAGUUCGGGUGCAACCGAACAUUUUGUACUCUCGCAAUGUGUUGAUAUAGUUUUAUUAAGAUAACUCACAAUUCGACCCAUAUAUUUGGUUAAAAUGCACUUGAGUAAGGAAACCGUCAAGGCUUCGAUUUCAUUUUUACCACCAAGGUACACUAUAUCCAAGCCUAUACACUCACCUAAUUUGGCUAAGAUAUGUCACAUUCAAAUUCAAAAGUGAGUUAUAUGAGAAGUAGGCGUGGUUGUUAAACAAUUUCGCCGAUUUUACAUCCGUGUUAUCAGUAGUAAUAGCCGAUAUACAGCGAUGUUUUUUUAAUUUGAUACAUCGCUGAAUUUCGAUGCAUCGAAUGUUGGUUGAUAUUUCCGUUGCAUCGAUGUUUUUAUUCGAUGCCUCAAUAUUUUUUUGUUGGGAUUUGCCUCGAUGGGAACUUUGCUUUAAAAUGACAACUGUAAAGUACAAGCAAUGCACUUCGAGAAUGCUCCAUCCAAGGAUAUGCAAAAAAAUUUACUGAAAGAAAUUUAUAAA